UCUGUGUUGUUCCUCUGAUAGAGAUAACUGAUACUGGACAAGAAGGAAAACUUACAAGCUCACAUUUUUGUCCAUGGGACUCUAAGAAUGCCUCUUAUGAAUUCCAAGGAAUUCCUGAAUCCCUGAACACAUCAUUGAUUUUACAAUAUGUCGAGUAUCAUGCCAGGCAAUAUAAAAUGAAGCAAUUCUCAACCUUCCAGGGAUCUGAAGUGAUAAAAGUGAAUCGAACUACAAGCCCUCGGUAUUUUAUACAGCAAUUCUGUUGUUAUUACAGGGCAUGAAAAGCUACAGAAUGUUUUACACGAAGAAAAUACUCAGAUAAGAAAAAAUCAGCAACCAUUUCCAUCAAGGUCCUUCUGCAGUCAUGAAGGACCGCAUGGAGGAGUUGAAGGCCAGUGUCGGGCUGGCGGACAACAACCCUUUUUUUGAGGAUACGAAGAACACAGAGCCAACAUCACUGACAGAGCAGCAGGCUGUGAUCUUUGAAGCAGAGCCUGUCCUGGAGAACUUCCUGAAGGAGACUCAGAGCAUUCGUGACAGCAUCGAGGAGCUUUCUUCUGAAGUCCGAAAGUUCAGUCAGCAGCAAAGAAACUUUGUAGCCACCAUGAGGCGCCUCAGCAUCAUGAAGAAGGAGAGCAGCAUGACCCGAGACAUCAAGCUGUUGGCUGAGAGCCUGCAUAAGAAGUUAGAUGCUCUGUCCACGCAGGUCAAGCGCACCGAAGCCGAGUCGGGCCCAGACGCCGCCACCUCUCGUAUCACGAAGGCCCAGCAUGCAGACCUCUUCCGCCAGUUCCAGCUAGUGAUGCGUCAAUACAACGAUUCAGUCGUGAGCAAGCAGGACAAAUGCAAGCAGUUCAUUAUCCGGCAACUGGAAGUAUCAGGCCGCGAGGUGUCCGAGGAGGAGGUGGAUGACAUGAUAGAGCAGGGCAAGUGGGAGAUCUUCAAUGAGAACAUCAUGGUGGAUGCAAAGAUCACUCGUUCCCAGCUAUCGGAGAUAGAGCAGCGCCACAAGGAGCUUGUAAACCUGGAGAGCAACAUGAAGGAUCUGCGAGAUCUCUUUCUAAAUGUGUUCAUGCUGGUGGAGGAGCAGGGGUACCAGAUAGAAAACAUACAAGCCAAUGUAGAGAAGACACAAGAUUACGUUACGACAUCCAAGGAGAAGUUUAAAACGGCUGUCAGAUACAAGAAAAAUAAUCCUCUCAGGAGACUGUGCUGUUGUUGCUGUCCUUGGUGCAGAUAGCAAAGCAAUGCUGGCAGAAUGAAUUGUGGGAAGUUUUUUUUUUCAGCUUACUGCACUUUAAAGCAAGGAAAAAGUGAAACGUUGGAUCAACUUUAAAAAAAUUAAGUUUAUUCAACUUAAAAUUUCACUUUAGGUAAAAAAAAAAUUUUUUUAGGUAGUAAUUCUUAAGUUGAUCCAACUUUUUACUUUUUACAGUAUAACAGGGGGCUAAGCACAUUUUAAAUUAACAUUAAAGUGGGAAGUUUGCAUAACGGUAAAGAGAUUAAAGAGAUUAUAUUAAAAAAUACAAGUGCGUAUUUGUGACGUCAUAUAAAUUAUAUAAGCCACAUUAAUAUAUUUAUUAUUAUUAGUUUUCUUUUCUGAACAUUUAAUUUGUUAAAAUUUUAUAUUGUUCAUGUAGUAUAAUGUCUUUAAAAAGAGUAUUGUGUGUAUAUUUGUUUACUAUAAAUGUUACUAUACAUUUUUUUUGCUAUAUUACUAAAUUAUCGACAUCCAUCAUGUUCUUGCUAUUUUGUUAUUGGAAAUAUUUUUUCUUCAACAAACACUAAAAUGUAUAAGACUUGUGCAAGUUCAGAGGAAAUGUUCAGUCAAUUCAUAUAGUACAAGCCUCUCCCACAAUGAUGACUGAGAAUUAGCAUUACUUAUUUCAUAUGAACUAAAGAUAUUGUAUUGUAAAAAGAAAAAUACAUUGCAAAUUUUAAAUGACCAUAAAAUGCUGUUUACCAUG